AUGGACAUGGUGGCAGGAUUGGUGGAUGAGAAGCCAUUGGUGAUCUUCAGCAAGAGUUCAUGUUGCAUGAGUCACUCAACAAAGUCAUUCCUACGUGGGUUUGGGGCAAACCCUACAGUUUACGAGCUGGAUCAAAUGCCGAACGGGCAGCAAAUCGAAAGGGCGCUGCUUCAGCGGGGUUGCAGGCCAAGUGUACCAGCUGUGUUCAUAGGCCAAGAGUUGGUGGGAGGUACGAACACAGUCAUGAGUCUCCAUGUACAGAACAGGCUUGUCCCUUUGCUUAUGAGAGCUAAAGCUAUUUGGAUUUGGAACGAUCGAUGA